CUUCCCGCCCUCCUACGUCACAUCCGUCCCGCCGCCGGCCGCCAUGUUGCGGGCGCUGAGGCGCUGCCGGCCGGGAGCGGUCGCGGCGGCCGCGCUCGGCCCCGGGGCCGGCUCCGGGCCCGGCCUCGCGUGGGGCCCGCGGCUGGUGCCGGCCCGGGGCCGCAAGACGCGGCACGAUCCCCCCGCCAAGGCCAAGGCGGCCCGCCUCAAGCUGCCGCCGCCCGUCGACCCCACCGAGCUCGCCGUGGUCACCGAGCGGUACCGGCAGCACCGCGCCGUGCUCGGGGCGCUCCGCUGCAUGUUCAGGGCCGAGGUGCUGCAGCAGAAGCGCGAGGAGCGGCUGCAGCAGGAGGCCUCGGCGGAGCUGCAGGAGGAGCACCGGCUGCUCAUGGCCUGGAACGAGGCCGAGAACGCGCGGCAGCGGGCACGCAGAGAGGAAAGGAUUAGGAAGGAAGCGGAGGAGCAGCGGAGGCAGAAGCUGCAGGCUGCCGAGGACAAGGCCCGGCAGGUGGCGGCCUUCCUGCAGGAGAAGCAGAGCGCCGUGCUGCGCCUGCAGGAGGAAGCCAAGUCGUUCCUCACCCCCGAGAACCUGGAGGCGCGCAUCCAGGAGUGCCUGGACAACCCGCGCAACUACAACUUCGCCAUCGACAAGGAGGGCCGGGUGGUCGGGCGCACCGUGCUGCCCUAGCGGGGCAUCAGCCCAGCGGCUUCUUCCCUGCGGAGCCCGAGGCGGCCACAAAAUCCUUGGACAGACGGGCUCUGGGGAGGGGGAGCGAGGCACAUCUCGAGGGCUGCGAUCCUUCCGGCCGCUUCACGGAGCCAAACCCAGCCCGCUCCCGGCUCCCCCUUUCUCCUCCUGCUGUGGUUUCCUGCGCUCAGUUGGUUUGGGUUUACCCGUGGUGAGAGCCGCGUGCCUCCUGCGGGCGGGGUCGUGCCCGGGCCUUGCCCCGAACUCGUUACCCCCCCACACACCGCUGCACCUGCCCGCCUGUGCGCUUCCACCUCCGGCACAAACCCCGGGUGCCAGCGGCCUCGCGCGGCGUUUCGGCCCCUCUAGUAAACUUGGUCUGAGUUUUGUCAAAAA